UGAGCCCAACGCAGAGACCAGCACUAUUUGAGCCCAACGCAGAGACCAGCACUAUUUGAACCCAACGCAGAGGGCAGCCAGUCACGCUUGUUCCGCUCUAGUCAUUCCUUGAGCCCUGAGGGCAGAGGGCGAACGUCUUCAAAGAAUUCCCUCGAGCCUUGAGCCUCGAGCCUCGAGCAUUGAGCAUUGAGUACCAUUCAAUCGCGCCUCACCUCGUCUCGCUGCUGUCAAAGCGUCACUGUAACUCCCCAUUUCCAUCAUUAAUCUCCACCGUCAAAUACGAUUCCAACAGACCUCACUAUGGGCUGCUUCGGUUUCAGCUCUCGUGACGUCUCUCCGGAACGCCCUGAUUCGCCCCACCCUCCCCAGCCUUCCCGCAUCAGCAAAUCGACGCCCGGCGCUGCAUCCACAUGCAAAUCCCCGGUGGCUCGAAAGCAGCGCGGAAGCUUCCUCUCUCGCUCCGAGUCUGCGCCCCUGUCCAAGCUGCGCGCGCGCAGCCUCUCUGCGGCGAACAGCCCACGCUCCGCGCCAUCCACUCCGCCAGCGCACCCGCCCAAGGACAGCGCCGCGUCUGGCGCCGCUUUUGGCGGGAAGCCGCAGCUGCUGCCGAGCCCUAAGGGGAUUCCUCCCAGCGGCGCCGCGGCCGCUGCUGCCGUUGCUACGUCUACUAGCAGCUCUAACGCGUCGCAGAGCCCUCGCAGCCGGAAAAAGGCGUCGGCGGCGGCAUCCCGGCGACAGUCGAGCUGGCUCCGCCCUGCCACGUCAGGGGGGUCGAGUUCCACGUGCAGCCCUGCCAGCUCAUCCAGCAUCACGUCUUCGCCGUCGAUUUCGGCUGAGAUCAACGGAGGAGCGGCAGAGACGGCGGGCCGUCAGAUCGUGAAAAGUAACAGCGCUGCUGCAGCCGAAGCGAUCCGUAAAGUCAUACCCGUUACAGGUGAUGCCGCUGUCAGCCCUGACAAUCAGCUGGAAAAAUCCAAGUCGUUACCAGAACUGGCGAAUUCGCCAAUCAUGUCAGGCAUUCACCAACGCGCCGGCGUCUUGAUGCCCAUCUGCGAACCCUCGAGCGAAUUUUCGCCACGCUCCAAUUCGCAUCGCGAGUUUUUAUCAACGCCAUGCGAGUUUCGCGAGCCCUUACCUGGUUACCAGGCCACAGACGACGGCCUGCCUGGGCGGACAAUGGCAGGCCCAAUCCCCUUCACAUAUGCGCAGGUGGAAGAAUUGACGAACAAUUUCGCUAUCGAGGGAUUUCUUGGCGAGGGCGGGUUCGGGUCUGUUUUCAAGGGCUACCUCCCCACACGCAGCGGGCGGAAAAUUCCAGUGGCCGUGAAAGUGCUCGACACGUGCGGGCACCAGGGGGAGAGGGAAUGGCUGACUGAGGUUAGCUUCCUCGGACUCCUGGAACACCCGAAUCUCGUCCAUCUGGUUGGGUACUGCGCCGAGGCAGAUCAACGGCUGUUAGUGUACGAGUUCCUUCCCCGCGGCUCCCUCGAGUUUCUGCUUUUCGGGGAGGAGGCGGAGGCCGAUCCGCUGACGUGGCAUCAGCGGCUGAAGAUCGCGUAUGGCGCGGCCAAGGGGUUGGCGUAUCUGCACGAGGAAGCGGAGCAUCAGGUGAUAUAUCGCGACUUCAAGACGUCGAAUAUUCUACUAACGAACGAGCUCGAUGUGAAGUUAUCGGAUUUCGGAAUGGCGAGAGAAGGGCCCGAUGGGGAGAAGACACACGUCUCCACGCGCGUGGUGGGGACCGUAGGGUACGCGGCGCCCGAGUACGUGCUAACGGGGCACCUUACAACGAAGAGCGACGUGUACGGCUUCGGCGUCGUGCUGCUGGAGCUGAUGACUGGGAGGCUGGCGCUGGAUAAAGACAGACCGCGCGAGGAGCAGAGUCUGGUCGAAUGGGCAUCCCCCUUCCUUUCCGCGCCCUCCACGCUCUACCGCAUAAUGGACCCCACCCUCCGCGGGCGGUACUCCGCUCGCGGCGCACAAAUGGUGGCGGCGAUCGUCAAAGAGUGCCUGCUGAAAAAAGCUAAGCGCCGCCCAAAAAUGUCCGAGGUGGUUGCGGCGCUCGGCCCAGUGCUAGAUCUGCAUGACAUGGCCGGAUUUUGCACUGAAGAUAUGAGGGGCGGGAUGGGCGGGCAAGUAAGUGCUUCUAUCGGGGGGUUUGGCAGCACUGCGAAUAAUCCAACCACGCCACGGCAAUUCCGACGCAGUGAAAGCGCGGGAACUAUCGAGGAGGGCGCGUCCAGAAGGAGGGCAAUCUCCGCCUCUCCGAAUGCGAACGCCGAUAUGAACACUAGCGAAGCUGUGCGAAUUGUUCUAAACGCGGAUGGCGACUGUCACCAGCUGCCACAGGCUUGUGGUGCGGCAUCGAGAGCCUCUGGUAACCAGCAGCCUCGUCAGCCCAGCCCCCGCCGUGCAAGCCCGAAGGAAGCGAUCUCGCCAAGCGUCGUGGCCAGCCCGUGGAGCGCGGCAAGGCCAAGGAGUCUGCCAGCCGUUUGACAUGGCAGUUUCCAGGGGCCUUAUUUGCGGAGCUGGGAAUGUGGAAAAUAGGGGGAAAGGGGGGCGGGGGUUAUGGAAGGGAUAGCUAGGAACAGGGGGAGCUCCAGCGGUUGUGAUCUCAUCGCGAGCCGAAAUCAGGUACACUUGUUCUCCUAUUUAGCCCCACGGUUUUUGCACGCGGCUCGAUCCUGUAAGCAGGAAAUUGUAAAGCACGGGCAAACGGGACUUUGAAGGGGAAAUCCCACAGUAGGCAAUGACACCUGGUUACAAAAUCUCGCUCAUGCACUGGAUUGGUUGCCUGGGCAACAAUCCAGCUCUGAAACUCGCAAUUGUCGAAAUACAACUUGGUAGUUCGUUAUCGUUCAGACUGCAGCCAAUCAGGUUCAGUGUCAACGCGAGUCAUGCUGAGAACCUGGUAGGUGAGAUUGCAAUUUGGACUGUUCGGGGUGGGACCAUAGAGGGGAAAAGGUGUAUGCGGUGUUCUUGUCCUGUAAUUCUAAUAUUACUUCUAUUUUUUGCUGGAACGCUCAGCUUUGGCUAAAAUGGG